UUUUAGUUCCUGCAGCGGUUACUCACUGCCAAGUGCCUGGUUUUGUGGUUUCGGCAGCUGGGAGGGUUCGACCUCGUUUGUCCGCUGGCUCCGUCAUGUUGUUUCGUGCUGCAUCCCUGCGACUUUAUUUGUCCAUCGCACUGGGUGGGGAAGCGGGCGGACACCAGGAUGGGUUGUCGAUGUGAAGCUGGGCAGUAAAAGCCUGCUCUGUGUGUAUUCACUGUUAGCGGUGGGGAGGAUGAGCCGCCGAUGCUCCCCGAACCGGCCCUGCACUCUGCUCCUGCUAGGUUUCCUCCAGUUGGCUUUCGUCCUGUUCCUGUACCGCCGGAGCCUCUCCGGCUCCUUCACCAGCUCCUUGUAUGAAGAGGAUCGCGGCGGUCACUGGGAUUACUCCAAAACUCACGAUGUUUACACCAACCUCAGCUUGGUGACCCCGAGCCCAGACAGGCAAACUUUAAGCAGGUGUCCGGACGAAUCGCCGCUGCUUGUUGGACCACUGACUAUCAGCUUUCAGAAAAUUCCAGUUAUGAGCAAAAUUGCAAGAAAAAAUCCAUAUGUUCAAGCUGGUGGACGGUACUCUCCCCCACACUGCAAAGCUCAAUAUAAAACAGCAAUCCUUGUUCCUCAUCGCAACAGGGAGCCACAUCUGCGUCAUCUUCUCUAUUACCUUCAUCCAUUCUUGCAGCGCCAACAGCUUCAGUAUGCAAUAUAUGUCAUCCACCAGACUGGAAAUCGAACCUUUAACAGAGCAAAGCUGCUUAAUGUCGGAGUAAGAGAAGCAUUAAAGGAUGAAGACUGGGACUGUCUGUUUCUACAUGAUGUUGAUCUUAUUCCGGAGAAUGAUCAUAAUCUGUAUGUCUGCAAUGAGAAAUACCCCAAGCAUGUGUCCAGUGCUAUGAAUAAAUUUGAGUACAGAUUACCAUACAAGAUGUAUUUUGGUGGUGUUUCAGCUUUGACUCCUGAUCAGUACUUGAGGAUUAAUGGCUUCCCAAACACAUACUGGGGUUGGGGUGGAGAAGAUGAUGACAUCUCGGCUAGGAUUUAUUUAGCAGGAAUGAAGAUAAUUCGAACUCCCCUCUCCCUUGGACAUUACAAAAUGAUAUCUCACAGCUUGGAUGUGGGUAACGAGAAAAAUGAGAAAAGAUUUGACAUGAUAGUAAAGGUAGCCCGGUCAUGGCGACUUGAUGGGAUGAAUUCCGUAGAGUACAACUUGCUUCAUAAGGAAGAGCUUCCUUUGUACACCAACAUCACCGUGGACUUUGGAAACAGUGCAAAAAUUUUCCUGUGGAAACUUGGAAUUCUUUGGAUACAGGUAGUCAUGUCUUCGUUUAAAGCUGGAAUUGGUUAGCAAAUGCUGCCCACACGUACACAUAUAUUUUAUGACCUGUACAUGAUUUUCAAGUAACUGAAAAUGGUUCAAUUUUUAAUGCUAAAAUUUGAUAUUCUUUAGAUUGUGCAGUAUAUAACCUUAUCUCUCUUACCCUCUGUUAGAUCACAUUAGGAGACAUCACUUUUGAAAAGACAUGUUAAUGUAAAUAAGUCUCAUACGGUAACAUAUUUUACAAACUGGGGAAGUGCUGUAAAUUCUGAUUUUGAUUUCAUUGUGAUAAGAGCAGAAUUCCACUUUUAUUAGAUGCAAGUUAUGAAAACAACCUCCUAUCAAUCCGAACAAUUGCCUAAUGCGAUUGUAAUCUAUCUUUAUACCAUGAAUACUGCUGCUCAGCAGUUUCAGAAUUUGCAAUUCCUAUCAUUACUUGGUAUUCUCCUUCUUCUAAACGUGUUUUUUGUAUGUAUACGAUAGCAAGUUGAGUUGUUUCCAAAUUCUUAUCAUAUUGAAUACAAGUGUGAUUAAUAGUUUCUCAAUUUUCUGCAAUGUAAGAAUUAUCUGUACAUAAUUUUUGGUAUUUUCCUGAUUCAGUAAAGACAUGUACAAAGUUUUAUGAAAUCACUUAUUGAACUAGUUAUUUAUUGAAUUGUAAAGGAGGGGAGCAAUGAAAUUACAGCAACAGUUAAUGUCUACAGUACUUGAGUAAAUGCUGUAUGCAAAGCUGUAAAUACAACUUGUUUUCAUGUGUUUUAUUUUACUAACUUGAUACAUUUAAUGCAAUAUAAGUAUUGGUUUUAAAUAAUCUUUAAUUGUAGAUGCACGGAAUGGUCAGUGUUAAUGACUAAUAACUGCUAGCUCUCACAACAAAGUCUGCUUUUAUUUAAACUUGUGUCUGGGUCCUGAAGGAUUUUUUUUAUGUCCAUUGCUGAAGUACAGGUUCCUGAAUACUUGAAGUAAAUGUGCUUGUGAUGUUCGGAAACCUUUUAUUUUGAACUUUGUUACCUUGCCUUUUACAUUGUGGAAAUUUUUUUAAAGGACUUUUCAAAAAAAAAAAGUUGAACUUGACAAUCUAAGACUAUUGCACAUGUUUCUCUUGUAGCCUUUGUGCUUUCUACUUCCUACCAAACCUGUUACUCACCCACAAGUGCAUUCAGCUGCUGUGUAUGUUUCUGGGCUCUUGCAUAUAAAAAUAAAAUCUU